UCAGGGAGCGAGUUUGUUCAUUGUUUAUUAAUAAAAAAAACGUCUUAACUUUCUAAUUAAUAAAUGGGAAUUUACUCUUAGUAGUUGUGAUGUUAGUUUUGUGAAAAUGUCAUUUCAUCAACCAUAUUCCGGCGACAUUUUACAUUUAAAUGUUGGUGGAAAAAGGUUUUCAACUUCAAGACAAACUUUAACUUUAAUACCUGAUACGUUCUUUACUGCCCUCCUAAGUGGAAGGAUCUCUAGCCUGAGGGAUGAGAAGGGUGCUAUAUUUAUUGAUAGAGAUCCAAAAAUUUUCUCAAUCAUCUUGAAUUACUUACGUACUAGAGAGAUAGAGUUAAAUGGGACUGAUAUUAGAACUCUAAGGCAUGAGGCAGAAUAUUACAAUAUUGCACCUUUAGUUAAGAGACUUAUGUUGUGCGAAGAACUGACACAAUCAACAUGUGGCGAUGUCCUUUUUUACGGUUCUUUACCACCGCCUUAUAUUCCCAUACAAGAUUCUAACAAUGGAGCUUUACCAUUUGUGGAAACCACAGCUGUACAUCAGGUACGACCUGGCUCUAGUAUCAGAAUGCCUGAAAGCCAAAAUGGCGGUGGAGAUAGUAACAAAGCAUCUACAAGUACUCCAAGCGAAUGUGGUGAAAAUUCAAAAAAUACAUCUGGACAGAAUCAGCCAGUAUCUCAAGCCGUAACUUCUGGUUUACCACAAAAUAGAGCACAAGGUCAUUCACGAAAUUCUUCCUUAGAAUUAAGAUUAGGUAUGUCUACGAGUUACAGCAGAAGUUCCCAAGAUUUAAGAGGCCUUGCAAGCCGAGGACAUUCUAGAGCAGCUUCUUUAGAUCUAAGACAUGUCAGAAAUUCAUCUGCUGAUUUAAACAAAUUAAUAAGAAAUGAUGUUGGACUAAUUUUUGGAAUGACAAAUUCUAGUUGGGCAGAUCCACUUAGAGUUCAAAUUAUAAAAGCACAUCACAAUUGGAUUGUGGUUGCUUAUGCCCAUUUCGUUGUUUGCUAUAGACUAAAAGAUUCAAGUGGCUGGCAGCAGGUCUUUACCAGCCCAUACAUAGAAAGUUGUAUAGAAAGAAUUGCAAUAAAUGCGAAAAUGGGCUCUACAGAGACAUCCAAAAUGGUAGCGAUUUCUUAUGGCAGUCAAGUUCGUUUAUGGGGCAUAUCAGAUGCCGGUUCGAGGACUAAUAUCGGUACCUUCAAUUUGCACGUUAGGGUAGAGUAUCUAUUUUUUAUUGGCAGCCAGUUGGUGGCUCUGUCUCCUUCUGGGAAAUUAGGUGUAUGGCAUGCGAUGACACAACACUGGCAGACUCAAGAUGUUAUGCCAAUCGCUUCAUUUGACACGGCGGGAUCAAUAUUGUUGCUUGGCUGCAACAAUGGCUGUAUUUACUACAUAGAUAUGCAAAAAUUCCCAUUGAGAAUGAAAGAUAACGAUCUUUUGGUUACUGAACUUUAUCGGGAUCCUAAUAAUGACACUGUGACUGCUAUUUCGGUAUACCUAACUCCAAAAACCAACUUGUGCGGCAACUGGAUCGAAAUAGCUUAUGGUACAACGUCUGGCGCCGUCAGAGUUAUUGUACAGCACCCAGAGACUGUUGGACAUGGGCCUCAGUUAUUUCAGACUUUUACUGUGCAUCAGAGCAAAGUGACAAAGGUGACAUUAUCAGAAAAAUAUCUCGUCUCUGUGUGCUCAGAAUACAAUCAUGUACGAAGUUGGCGUGUCACAAGAUUCCGUGGCAUGCUCUCAACCCAACCAGGCUCUACGCCAGAAGCUUCUUUUAAAAUAGUAGCCUUAGAAGCAGUGGAACCCACGAUAAGCCACGGAGCUGCCAACGACUGUGGCCCAUUUGGCGAACAGGACGAUGAACAGGUGUUCAUACAAAAAGUUGUUCCUGAUGCCGACCAAUUGUUUGUACGUCUGGCCAGCAAUGGGAAACGAGUUUGUGUCAUCAAAGCUGUAGAUGGCAGCACUGUGAGUGCAUUCUGCGUUCACGAGUGCGAGGGGUCUAGUAGAAUGGGGUCUAGGCCUCGAAGGUUUAUAUUCACAGGACACUCAAAUGGUUCUAUACAAAUGUGGGAUUUAACUACAGCUCUCGAUCUCUCUUAUAAGACUGAUUUAGAUAAAACAAAUGGGGGUCCUUCUCCCGAGGAACUACUGCGGAUGUUGGACCAGUGUGAUAUAAGUAACAGCCUUUGCUCCACGCCUUGCAUGUCGCCCUCGCCGUCUUUGGCUGCGGCAACCCGCCUGAAAUCCAGCAAUGUCGCAUUUUUAAAUCAGCUGCACCAGGACAGUGAUAGAUCUUCAAGCUCAACGUAGUUUUAGGCUUAGCUAGUAAGUGUUGCUUUCUUUUCAAUUUGAUAAAAACAUGAAACUUAUGAAUUUAAAAUAGGUCCAGAAUCUUCAGGAUCCUCUUAUGUUCUUGAAUAUAUUCUUGCUCAUGUGCACUUGCCUGGUUUGACUUGGGGGUAGAUUUAUUUAUAUAAAGAAAGCACCAUAGGAUAAUAAAUAAUGGGGCCGUUUAAUAUUUUUUUUUCUUUAAGGUUUGAUCUCCAUAUACAAUAGAAUUCAGUGGAGUCUUUGCAGAUUUUUCUGAUAAGUGUUCUCAGUAAACAAGUAGCUCAAUAUGGAAAUGAGAAUUUUUUUAUUAUUACAUUGCAAAGUACUAAGAUAUAAAUUAAUGUUGCUAAAUUUUUAUGAAAAUGCUUGAAUAAUUACCAGUCUUGACGUUUGUUUUUCAAAUAAAAUCUCUUGGACUCUAUUAUACAGGGUGUUUACAAAAUAUGUCAUCACUUGUGAGGAGAUUCUUCAUUAAGAAUUCAAUACAAGAAAUUCUUAUCAACAUGGUCCCAUUCCUAUUUUGUUUCUAAGAUACAGGGUGUUAAAGUUUAUCUGUCUUGUUUUUCCCAAAUAUUUUCAAAACUAUUUUAUUUUACGAAAUUUUGGUUGUGAAAAGUAAAUAUUUUAGCAUUGAAAGGGCAUAAACAGCUUCACCAAGGUGUGCAAAAUGUGCCGUUCCAUCCAUUUUUCAAUUUGCUCUUCUUCGUUAUGAAUUUUUAUACAAUUAGGUACUUGUGAAAACUUUUCUUUAUAAAGCUUUCCUGAAAAAUUAUGAAAAUAGUGCUUACACAAUUUGCCUAUCAGUUAUUUAAAUUUACUUGAACACAAUAACAGAAAUUGGCCAUAAUCACCCAAAUUUCAUUCAGAUUAGUAAUUUUGUUUUGGAAAAAGGAACCUGAAUGUUAAAAAAAAACAAGACUGUUUUAGAACCCAUGUUGGUAGAACUUUUAGUUUUUUUUUUUAAUGAGCAUCUUCCCCUGAACAGUGGCACAUUUUUCGUAACACUCUGUAGAUGUGGAAAAUAUAUUUUAAUAAUUUUCUGUGUAGAAAUGGCCACAAACAAGCUGUUAAAAGGGCAUAAGAAAAACAUAUUGAAAUAAAAAAAAUUGUUGAAACUCCUUUGUGUUGUGCCUGUCAUGAAUAUUACUUUUUCUGUAUUUCAUGAUGCAAGUUAAAAAGUAAAUUUAAGUGCAACUUAUAUUUUUUUCUCAAAGAGAAGCUAUAGAUAAGUAUUAAAAAUAAAAUUCAGACUUGGUGUAUAAAGUCAAAUUAUUGUAAAUGGGUUGGUGGAGUUAUAUUUCACUUGACAAUUUAAUUUAUUCUUUUGAUAUUCUUGUUAAAAGUUUGAAAGUUAUAAGCAUAACAUUAUGUCACUGUUGAGAUUUAUUCUGUUUUUAUUAUGUGAUGUGAUAAAAGAGAUCCUUAUGUAAUUUUUAAA